AUACAGUGUAGUCGUUCUUCGCGAAGUUUGGCGCGCGUCGCGGUCACAACACGAUAACGCGCCCUAUUUAAACGUAACAUACGCAACAUAAUCGGUUAUUUAUACGUAGUCCAGUUAUGUUUCAUAAAACGAUUGAUUUUUAUUAGCCGUUAAAUCUGGGAUAAUUCUAAAACCGGCUUCGUGACCAUAUGAUCCGGCGUGCCCUCUCGAUUAUCGGUGCACAGUUACGAUGCGGAUUAACAAUUUAAAAGUGCAAUUGUGAAAGACGGAUCUCGUGAAUCACUGAACUUUCUCAAGUGUCAAGUUUGUGUGAUUGAUGACACCGUGAAAUUUGUGACAGUGCGAUGGCUGGUACUGAGGAGAGCGCGGAGGCCCCCGAGGUCCGAAAGCGUGGUCUUAGUGGAUCCAUGUCUCUGCGUACGCGAAAAUUGGGACGAAGGUUGUCCCGAAGUAUGUCUAUAGUGGCGAUGAAGUUGCCUGAAAAAGCCCAAAGCAUUACCCGUUCCACUAAGCUUAUGCGUUCGGGGAGCCGUGAUAAGAAAAAUAGAUCUUUCGAACUUUCCGUCAUAUUGCCGGAUAAAACACAGAGACAGGUAACAGUUUGGGGAAAUAGUACAGUCGCAGAGGUCAUAUGUGAACUUUUGCAAGAAGCUGGGAUUUCAAUAGCUGGCUUACCCACGGGGCCGCUAUCACCGCCUCUGGCUCUACCCAUCGCUGGACCAUUACCCCCGCCUGAAGAAGCUGUACCACCCCCAACAGCAAUUCUUUUUCUUGGUGGUUCCAAAGCUCCAGUUGAACCUAGAUCGCCAGCCGUCUACUUGGAGGGCGAAGUUCUCGUUGUUGAAUAUGAACCACCGCAAUGGGAUGGAAAGGAUCUAGAAGUCUUUCUAGCUUGGGAGAAAAUUUAUGCGUCAAUGCUGUUCUCCGCCGUUGAGCUGUAUGGAAAGCCAUUACUUCGGGCAUCUGUACUUACCAAAGAAGAAUAUCAUUUGCUCUUCUAUUAUUUGGAAUCUGUAUCCGAGGCAAGUGAAGCAUUAACACAACGCAUGAGAAAAUAUAUUGACUCCGGUCUAUUACCGAGUAAUUGUCAAAAAGACGCGGAAGAAAACAGUGAACUUGUGUCAAUUAACUCGCAGUUGCUUAACAGUAAUCUCAGCUGUGAAAUUGAAUCGAAGAGCCUUUUAACUGAAUUGAUUCAAGAAGGCAUUCUGUCCCAACGUGACGUAGAUACCGCUUCUGAAAUAACCUCUUCAGUGUAUAACGAACAAGUGAAUGAUAAUGCAAAAAUAGAAGAUGAUAAUAUAUCCAACUCUUCCUCUGCUAGUGUUUCUCUACGGAAAGUAAUUGUUGACAUACCAGUAGAAAACCCUGAAACUGUUGUUGACAGUUCCAUCGUUGAAAAUACAGAUAACAUUACAACAGUGACAAUAAAAAGUGGCCAAUGUUGUGCAGAUCAUAGAAUAUCCGCUGAUAUUACAGAAAACGUUUGGUCUAAUGUAAGAUGGGAUUUCUUAAACCCAUCUGAUUUUGGAUACGAUCAAGUACCUAAUGUUAAGAGAAGUCGAUCAGACUCGGCGCUAACACCAAUGACGACACGACGUAGCGAAGAAAUCUACGAGACUUUACGAGAUGAUGGUGAUUCAUGUGGCAGCAUGACACCUUAUGAAUCCAUAGAAGAUUUAUAUGACUGUAUCAAAAACUCCGCAUACAACAACGUUAUCGCACAAUCUUCUCCGUCAACGGAAAGUCAAUCGGAGCCUCAAUAUCCGGACUUCGAUGAAAAGUCGAGCACAACACGUCAAAGUUCCGUAAGUAGCGAAAAAAGCGGAACCUCGUCCGCCUUCCCAUUUUCAAAGUGCGGUUCGAGUGAUUCAACCGGUGCGUACACGUCUUGCGAGUCUACGAGCGGGUUAAGUACCUUCGUCACGAAAAGCAUUCCGGAGCUGAUUAAAUGCAGAGAAUUACCGCCGCCGCCUACGGAAGUUGAGAUGAAUGAGAGUACUAUUCUAUUGAGGCAACUAUUUAUGGGUGAAUUAAUGGACGCAUAUGGUGAAUAUCUUUCCGCAUAUCCGUAUGCACGUGCAUUGCUGCGCCGGAAGGUGCGACGAGACGAACAUUUCACUGCCCUCGCCGACAUCAGACGCGGUGCCGCCAAACACACCAUAGCUGAUUACUUGGAACUGCCGAUCGAACGUCUUGCCCAGUAUGAGCGAUUGGUCGGAGGCGGUUGCGCACGGCGGCGAGCCUCGCGUCUCUCAGAUCUCGAACGCGUUCAAGAUCUCUUCCCUCAUGACUACUUGGCCCUACACGAUGCUGAUGCCCUUGCCUCGCAUCACACUCAGAAAUCGAAGAGUCUACGCAAACGACCGAGCCUUGACAUCAACGGUACAGUCACUGCGAACAGCUCACUUCUGCCACGCACAUUUAUCAUGGAAGCACCUGCCCAAUUGACCCUCAUGGGUUCAACCUCCCCACCGUUAGACCGGCAUUUGUUUCUCUUCAACGAUUUGCUCCUAGUGGGAAAGUCUAGAGGGACGAACUGUUUCAAGUUGAAAGAGAGUGUGCGACUGGCGGAGUUGUGGAUUUCAUUGCCAGAGAGUGAUGACACUGGAUUUCUUAUUGGAUGGCCGACCCUGAGUGGAGUUAUUAACUACCUCGCGACAUAUCCCACCCAAGCAGCAAGGGAUACGUGGUACAGGAAGAUCCAAAAUGCUUUAAACGCCAAGCUGACGAAUGAACCAAAGUCGACGAACAUUCAAAUAUUCUACAAAGAUGUAACGAGCUCAAUCGAAUUCUGUAAGACGGUGUCAGUAAAUCCAGAUAUGAGCGCUCGAUGUGUGGUCCGUCAGGCGCUUCAUGUGCUGCAAGCAGGCGCUGAAGGUGAGCAUGAUGAAGGGGAAGAUGACCGCUGGGGAGCAGCCAAUGACUUUAACCUUUGGGUAAGGACCGGUCGUGAUGCGCCACCCACGCCUCUUCAAGGAAACGAAAGACCGCAUGCGAUACAGAUGUCCCGAAUACGACAAACAUUGUCGAAUGAAGACGGCUUCGAUCUGGAGCAUGUUAAUGCCAAGAAUAAUCCCUGCGGCCUCGUCUUCGAAUUGAGGAAAAAGAAUCAAGCUUUGAAAAGCACUUCCGGUACCGGUCGCGGCUUACGUCUGCUACGUCGUGGUGGGCGGCUGUUCGGCGUCUCACUCACGCGCCUGUGCAAUGGGUCAUCACCGCCAGCUCUCUUGCACGCCCUGAAACGACUCCGGGCACUCGCCCCUCAUACGCACGGCGUAUUCCGACGCAGUGCGAAUGCUAAAGCGUUGAGAUUGCUUAGAGAUAAGCUGGAUACGCUGGGCCCAUGGGCGCAAGGUUGCCCUGAGUUGGACCGAGCUCCCGUUCUGCUUUUAGCGGCACUGGUAAAGGAAUUCUUCAGGGCUUUGCCCCAACCCCUUCUUCUUGCCGAACUUUAUCCCGCCUGGCUACAAGUAUUAAAUUUACCUCAAACUGAAAAAGUGUCAGCCGUUCGCUCGCUACUUCUAAAGUUGCCGAAGCCGCAUUACACUAUGCUCACAUACUUCGUGUGUUUGUUACAAGCCAUCGCCAAGAAAUCCAAUAUCAACUUAAUGUGUCCCAUGAAUUUGGGCGUCUGCGUCGGCCCCAGCCUCCUUUGGCCCUCCGUCCCCUGCGAUAAAGCUCCAAAAGCCGUGCCAAUGGUCGUAGAAUUACUUAUCGUCAAAGCUGAAGCACUGUUCGGACCUCAAAUAUCGGGAUUACUUGGGAAUGGGUCCCCAGAAUCCUCAAACGCGCUACUCGACUCCGGCGCUGAAGAAAGCGACAGUCUUCAUUCGGUUGGGAUCUCCUUGGACUCCAUGGAGUUAUCGACUCCGCGAAAAGAGAAGCUCUCCCUGAGCAGAGAUUCAGGAUUGACUCUGUCCGAAGAUGACUCCAAUAGUAAUGGAGGCAACAGUCCCGCACCACGAAACAUUCUCCACAGUCUGUCUGCACCCACCUGUAAUACGCAACAAGACAAACUAGGGAACCGUUACAACACAGAUAAUCACAACGUAAAUGGUCUCCCGCCGAUUAAUCAGCGACAGCAAAGUAUUUAUACUAAUAAGGCAGAAAUAUACAGCACGGUUAAUGAGGAACUCUACACGAUGCCAUAUAUGGGUGAAAGAUAUGUACAUAAUUCGAUAAACAUCGGAAUCUCUAACGGUAUCGACGAUAGAAAUUACGUCUCCAAGUCAGCCGUCCAACGAUCCACGGCCGAUAUUUAUGGCCAGGGCCCGGCGAAAUAUAUCACGGGCUUAGAACCUCAGAAGCCACCGCGAAGUCACGUGUCGAAGGCAGCUCGCACGUCUAAAGUAUACAGCAUGUACUCCGAACCUCAAGGAGACAAAAGUAACGCGAACAAGAGUUUCAAUCGCGCUAAAAGUUCAGACAAUCUGUUGGAAACGAAACAAGACACGAUCAAUACAAAUCGCGAUCUGGUUUCCAGUCAAGAGAACAUUGUGUAUAGUAAUAUACACGACCUCGCCAUGUUCACAGAAAAUAUUCAACGUCAGAACCAGUACCAAACGCACUCCGAGUUACUUUCCAACAUGAAUACAAAUUACUCCCGCGUCUACACCGGUUGGGAGAAAAGGAGUCCCAACUAUCAAAGUAAUGCGAACGAAAAAAUAUAUGGGCAAGUGACUAGUAAAGGGGAAACCUCACAAAAUAUCGAAGGAAAAUCGUCAUCGGCAGCCACCAUUUUUACUAGAAAUGAUUGGUCUCGUCAAGCAGCGAGGACGAAGAGCUUGGAGGUUAACGACGAAGGACAAAAUGUCUCCACGCGCAAUGGCAACUACGAUAUUAACAUCGUCAACUGUUGCCGCAAGAGACGCUUUGAUCCGGCCCAUAUGUGUACGAAGAAUUGCAUUACUCUGUCCAUGGUAAACGGAAGAGAAAAGGAGAAAUCAGCAAUGAAUCCGUUGCAGAACUCGUAUUCAUACAUUGAUGAUAUGCGAAACAAUUCGGAGGAAAGCAAGAAGUCCAGAAUGAGAACGUAUAAUAACAACAAAUUGAAUCAGUCGAAAUCACUCGCAAAUAUUAUAUUACAUAGCGACUCGAGCAGCAAUGACACUCUAUACCAGCCCCAAGGUUCAUUCAACAGCCGAUCAACCGAAUCACCAGCGAGUGAGAACUCCUUUGAAAAUUGCUACACAACUCAAUACAUUGAGCCUCUGUACACAUCUGUAUACAACAGGAGAAGAGACAUAUUCCACGAAGAUAAAAAUAUGUUUUCGUCCGAUAUCUAUAAAGCUACGCCUACAUCUGUCCAACCAGAUUACUCAACGGAAAAUGAACCGAACAAUAACAAGAAACCACCGCUAAUGCCACCUCCAGUUCCGCCGAGAAAAAUGGUUUAUCAGAGGGUAUUGAAGAAAUUUCAACCGGUUCACGUCAAGGACGAUAAAAAUUCACGAUCAAAGUCGGUGCCACCUGUGUACAGGGACCCGCCGAAUGGAAACGAGAAAAACGAAAAUGGAAUCGCCUUAGAUGCGUCGGAAUCGGACACCGAAUCGGAAUCAUAUGUUUAACACAGUUUAAACAGUUUUAUUGAUGUGAAUCGGAAUCAUAUGUUUAACACAGUUUAAACAGUUUUAUUGAUGUGAAUCGGAAUCAUAUGUUUAACACAGUUUAAACAGUUUUAUUGAUGUGUGAUAUUACUCAGUUGAAAUGAUUGAUCUAAGCACGGAAAGUAACACACAUCUGCGGUAUAUUAAUGCGUACAAUAAGAUUUUUAAAUAGAGACAAAAUUAUGACGUUUUAAAGUUUUUAAAUCGCUUUUAAGUUUAUGUAUGUUUUUUUUAGUUGUAUUUUCCAUAUUGUUAGCAUUUCGAUCCCGCCUUAGAAUUUUUAAAAUGUGACCAUAACCUGAACUUUUCCGGUGAUGAGUUUCCAAAGACGUUUAAAUAGUUUUCAGACUAUGUACAGAAUAUUUGAGUUUCAAUAGACGUAUAUGUUUAACUUUAAUGUUGAUUAGGAAUAGUAUGUGAAAGAUUCUACUUAAAUUUUAGUUUCUAGUGUUACGUAAAUCUAUCGACUGUGUCAUGUUUGUGUAUUUUUACAAGAUAAAUAAUAUAUGUAUGUGUAUUGCCUAGGUUUCUAGAGAUGUGUAUAAACUGUAUAAUAUGUACCUACAUUGUAAUAAAUAUCGUUUUAUAAUGA